AAAUUUGCCUUGAACAAAAAAGAAAAAAAGAAAAAGUGUAUACGUUGUCUCCUUCUAUUUUUAAAAAAAUGUUUUAGCUCUCGAGCGAAGCACUUUCAAAAAUUGUUCAGGUGCCUCUCUAGCGAUAUCCAAGGACGAAUCUAUUCCGUCUUUCUCCAAAAAUCGAGCAAAUGGACUCGCCCUCGCCGUGCCCGACGACUCCUCGGUGGAACGUCGAUCGGCCGUUUCUCACCGGCCGCUUCCACCAGGAGAUGAAGUUGUCGACAUCGAGGGCGGAGGCAAAAGGCUUUUCCAUGGAGUCGUUUAGUCCUGGAUUGGAAAAGGCCAUAGGUUGCUACCAUGCUUCUGUACAGGAACUCAUAGUCAUUGACGAUCUUCUCUCUGCCUUGGUUGGGAUUGAAGGACGAUACACUUCAAUUAAAAGGGUCCAUGGAAAGGAGGAUGAUCUUACCUUCCAGGUUGAUGCAUCUAUGGAUUUAGCCCUUCAGGAAUUUGCAAAGCGGUUAUUUCCUUUAUGUGAGAGCUUUUUGUUGAUUAAUCGUUUUGUUGAGUCAAGAUCUCAGUUCAAGAAUGGUCUGGUUAAUCAUGCUUUUGCUGCUGCGCUUAGAGCAUUCCUUUUGGAUUACCAGGCAAUGGUGGCACAGCUUGAACACCAAUUUCGGCUGGGAAGGCUUUCCAUACAUGGAUUGUGGUUUUACUGUCAGCCAAUGAUGGGAUCAAUGCAAGCUCUGUCCGCUGUAGUGCAGAAAGCUUCGGCAAAUAAUUUUUUGGGUUCUGCGGUUCUUAACCUCUUGCAGAGCCAGGCUAAGGCCAUGGCUGGUGAUAAUGCAGUGAGGUCAUUGCUGGAAAACAUGACACAACGUGCAAGCUCUGCAUAUCUUGGCAUAUUAGAAAGGUGGGUCUACGAGGGAGUGAUUGAUGAUCCAUAUGGUGAAUUUUUCAUCAUCGAGAGCAAAUCUCUUCAAAAGGAAAGCCUAAUCAAGGAUUAUGAUGCCAAGUAUUGGGGACAGCGUUACAGCCUCAAGGAUGGUAUUCCCAGCUUUCUUGCAAAUGCUGCUGGGACAAUUUUGACUACAGGAAAAUAUCUGAAUGUCAUGAGAGAAUGUGGGCACAAUGUUCAGGUACCUGUAUCAGAAAAUUCAAAAAUGAUGAGCUUUGGCUCAAACCAUCAUUAUCUCGAGUGUAUAAAGGCUGCUUAUGACUUUGCUAGUGCCGAGCUCUUAAAUCUCAUGAAAGAAAAGUAUGAUCUAAUAGGAAAGGUGCGGUCCAUAAAGCACUAUCUUCUACUCGAUCAGGGUGAUUUCUUGGUUCAUUUUAUGGAUAUAGCUCGAGAUGAGCUCACAAAAAGGGUUGAUGAUGUUUCUGUGGAGAAGUUGCAGUCACUGUUAGACCUUGCUUUGCGUUCCGCAACAGCUGCAGCGGAUCCUGGUCAUGAGGAGUUAACAUGUUUUGUGGAAAGAUCUUCAUUGGUCAAAAGAUUGGGAAUGCUCAAAGACCUUGAAUUUAACAAGAAUACUUCUGAUGGUAAUGAUCUAGUGGAGCCUGUGAGCAUUACGGGCCUUGAGACAUUUUCGUUGAGUUACAAGGUUCAGUGGCCGUUGUCUAUUGUUAUAUCAAGAAAAGCACUCACAAAGUACCAGUUGAUUUUCCGCUUUCUAUUUCACUGCAAACAUGUGAACCGCCAGCUUUGUGGGGCAUGGCAAGUGCACCAAGGAAUCCGUGCCCUUAACACAUGGGGUACUGCCAUCUCCAGAUCUUCUCUACUUUGUCACAGCAUGCUUAAAUUUAUAAACAGCCUCCUGCACUAUCUAACAUUUGAGGUUCUUGAACCCAAUUGGCAUAUUAUGCAUGAUAGACUUCAGACUGCAAAGAGUAUAGAUGAGGUUAUGCAUCACCAUGAUGUCUUCCUCGAAAAGUGUCUCAGAGAAUGUUUGCUUCUUUUGCCUGAAGUUCUAAAGAAGGUGGAGAGGUUGAAAGCAAUAUGCCUUCAGUAUGCUGCAGCUACUCAGUGGUUGAUUUCAUCAUCGAUUGACAUUCCCAAGUCAGAGGUAAUCUCUGAUACUUCCCGUGGGGCGGAAGAAUCCAAGAAAUGGAAAUCAAGAAACCCUUCUCGGGAGGUCAAAUCAACUGGAAACACUAUAGUCACUGAUUCUAUUCUAAAAUUUGAGAGGGAAUUUAAUGCUGAGCUACAGAGUCUGGGACCAAUCCUGAGCAGCAGUGCCCAGGCAGAGCCAUAUUUGACUCAUCUUGCACAAUGGAUUCUUGGUGUUGGAAAUGACCAGUACCCAAGGUCCUGAUACCAGGCUGUGUUUUGGAAUGACUUCAAACAUGUAACGAGCACAAGUUACAGCUACAAGCUUCUUCUGAUUAGAUUUUACGAUUAAAGAACAUGUUUGUUAGAACCACGAGGCCUGUGAAUGUUCUAACUUUGGUACAGCUGUAGUGUAAUAAUACCAUUUUUUUGGUGGCAUUGAGGGCCUGAGGGCUAUUGAUUUGUUCUUUCUGU